GAAACAUAUUAUUAAAAAUCAGCAAAACAUAAACAAAAGAUGUAUUCUUUUAGAAAUUCUAGUUUAACUAAAGAACAGCUUAAUAAUUUGGGUGUAACAUCAAAGGAUUCAAAUGCUACACAGUUUACACGUCCGCUAUUUCCAAUAUUAGCAUCAAAACCAUCAGAAAUUGAGAAAAAUGUUGGACUUGACUAUAAAAUGGUUUGGAAGGAAGAUUUUCGAAGCAGGUUGUUUGAAAUCCACAGUAAUCCUACAAAUCAAAACUCUGACAGCUAUAGUUUCAAGAUUGCGAAUGCCUUAGAAAAAGAGCACAAACAGAAAUUGCAACUCAAAUUUGCAUACAGUCAAAUGCCGGCAGAAUUAAAUAUCCAAAAUCUCAGAAAAAGAGUUAAUAAGUCUAAGUCUGCGAUACCGAAUAAGAAGAGAAAAAUGCUUAAAAUGGAAGAUGUCACAAAAGAGCUGGAAAUUCUUGAAAAGAAAGAAAAUCUUCACGAUGAUGAAGGAAGUGAAAAGGCUGCAGAUGGAAGUGAUGAUGAGGGCGAAAUUGAGGGUGACGUCGAAGAUCCAGAGCUGGAUGACGAAACUGACUAUCAUAACAAUUAUUUCGACAACGGAGAGAAUUACUUUGCCGACGAGGAUGAUGCUUUAGACGAUGGUCCUGUUUAUUAAAUAAAACACAUA